AUCCUGGCGGACCAGUCAGUGACUGCGAAGCUUGUCCUUAAACUCACAUGAAGCAGAACUGACCUUAGCUCUGUGUUAAGUUUAAACUUCCAAAUACAAGGAUAUUAAAAAGACACGUCAGGGGCAACAUGUCUCUUGCGGCGGACGCCUUCGUGUCACAAAUGGCGGCUGCAGAGCCUUGGCCCGAGACUGCAACUUUGUACCAGCCUCUCAAGGAGGAUCAGAUUCUGCUAUCAGAGUGUGCCUCAUCUCUUGCUGUGCAGGCUUACUUGAGGAUGUGUGGUCUGCCCGUGCAGGUGGUUUGCAAAGCCAAUGCUGAAUACAUGUCGCCCUCUGGGAAGAUUCCUUUUAUCCAUGUGGGAAACCAGGUGGUGUCAGAACUGGGUCCAAUAGUGCAGUUUACUAAAGCCAAGGGUCAUUCUCUGAGUGACGGCUUGGAUGACAUUCAGAGGGCUGAAAUGAAAGCAUACAUGGAGUUGGUCAACAACAUGCUGCUGACUGCAGAGCUGUAUGUCCAGUGGUGUGACGACGCUACUGCUGCUGAGAUCACUCGACCCAGAUACAGCAGCCCGUACUCGUGGCCUCUCAGCACCAUCCUGGCUUACCAGAAGCAAUGGGAGGUCCGCAGGAAGAUGAACGCCAUCGGCUGGGGAGGAAAAAGCCUGGAGCAGGUGUACGAGGACGUGAGUCAGUGCUGUCAGGCUCUCUCUCAGCGGCUUGGAACGCAACCCUUCUUUUUCAAUAAACAGCCGACCGAGCUGGACGCCCUCGUGUUUGGCCACCUCUUCACCAUCCUGACCACCAGGCUGACCAGCACCGAGCUGGCCGAGCGGGUGAGGAGCUACAGCAACCUGCUGUCCUUCUGUAGGCGCAUCGAGCUGACCUACUUUGAAGACAAGAGCUCCUGAAGCACCUGACCGGACAUGAUCUCUCCCGCUUGUACAUAACAUUAAAAGCUGAUAAACUGUCAUUCACACACCCGGCCCUUUAUUUGCUUUCUGCUUGCACAUUGCUGCAUGCUUGCUGGAUGUGCAGAGGAGGCUUCUGGUGACCACAGGAGUCUUCAUUAUCACCUCUAAGCUGUAUUUAUUAUUAUUAAUUGUAUCUAGUUUUUUUCUUUAUUUGCUCCAGAUGUCUCGGAAGCACAAGGUUGUAAUGAUUAAAAGGAUUGAUGUUUUCUUUGUGUAAAUGAAGGUGCCUCCCAAAUAAAAGUUAUGAGUUAA